UUAGGCAAAGGGCAGCCUGGAGCUACCUCCAUUUGGUGGCAUGAGCUGCAGCCGCCUCCCCCGGGGCGGCCUCCGGGGGCUGCCAGGCCCUAUAAAGGCUCCGGGUUUUCUCAAUGAAGGUGGGACCAGCUAGGGCUGCCCGGGAGCCGCCAAGUGCAGACUCCGCCGCUGCCACCACCACCACCGCCACCACCCCACCGCCGCACUCGGGGACAUGAAGCUCAUCGUGGGCAUUGGAGGCGUGACCAACGGCGGCAAGACCACGCUGACCGACAGCCUGCUCAAGGCGCUGCCCAACUGCUGCGUCAUCCACCAGGACGACUUCUUCAAGCCCCAAGACCAAAUCGCAGUUGGGGAAGACGGCUUCAAACAGUGGGACGUGCUGGAGUCGCUGGACAUGGAGGCCAUGCUGGCCACCGUGCGCGCCUGGCUGUGCGGCCCCCAGAAGUUCGCCCGCGCCCACGGGGUCAGCGUCCGCCCGGACGCCGCGGACACCCACAUCCUCAUCCUGGACGGCUUCCUGCUCUACAGCUACCGGCCCAUGGUGGACUUGUACAGCCGCCGGUACUUCCUGACCAUCCCGUACGAAGAGUGCAAGUGGAGGAGAAGCACCCGCAGCUACACGGUCCCCGAUCCUCCCGGCCUCUUUGACGGCCACGUGUGGCCCAUGUACCAGAAGUAUAGACGGCAGAUGGAAGCGGACGGCGUGGAAGUGGUCUACCUGGACGGCACGAAGCCCCGAGAGCAGCUCUGCCAGCAGGUCCUGGACGACAUCCGGAACUCGCUCCUGAACCAGGCCCAGGCCGCGGCCCCCACGCCGGCUCCGCCCGCCAGGCCGCAGGGACCCGGACGCGGCGGCGGCCACAGAGCAGCCAGGCCCGCGGCGGCCCAGCCGGACGCUGUGUGACUGUUUCCCUUUGGGGAGUCUGCGCAGGCAGGCCAGGGGGGAGCCCCGCUCGCAGCCCCGCGCCUCGGGGCGCCCGGACCCAGCCCGAGACGCCCCUGCGACAGCCACACGGCUCGAGUAUUAAACCCGGUCCUGUUUUGUA